AUGGCCGUUAGUGUGCCAAAGAGCCUCUUGGGACCCAUCUCAGUCACCCAAUUUCUCGAGCAAUUCCGAAGUUCGUGGGCUGCCUCGCGAUGGGUGGAACUUCGCCGUAUACGAGAAGCUCAGAGUAUAAAUGAAAAUGGGUUGAAUUCAACGGCCAGGAAUCAUGCCCCUGCGAGUCUUCCACGCAAGCUUGGACUCGCGGUCAGCGGCGGCGCUGAUUCUAUGGCUCUGGCCUAUCUGUGCCGGCAGCUGGAGAUCCACUCGGCCAGUAUCACAGACGAUGCUAUAUCUGUGACUGCGUUUGUGGUCGACCACCGCGCCCGCGCGGAAAGUAGCCACGAGGCAAAGACAGUAGCUGGCUGGCUCUCUGACCUGGGUAUAAAAACCCAGAUCCUCGAGCUAGACUGGUCCCAGUUUACACUUGGUGAACAACAAGCAUUGUCAUCACAGAAAGCUUCGGGUGCAUCAAUUCCAUCCGCCUUUGAAACCUAUGCUCGUACGCUCCGCUUUCAGGCCCUGGGUACUGCCUGUCGAGACCGCGAAAUCAAGACACUGCUCAUGGGCCACCACCAGGACGACAAUGUCGAAACGGCCGUUUGUCGCUUGGCCUCCGGAGCCCGAGGGAUAGGUCUCACUGGAAUCUCGCCAAUAGCCCAUAUUCCAGAGUGUUAUGGCAUAUUUGGAGUUUCGGAGAGCGGGUCUUUAAUGAAGGCUCCCGCACGCCAAGACAGCGCUUCUCGUGUGCAAGUUCGGGUGAACGAUCGCAACCGUGGGACCUUCAGCUUUGGACCUUCAGCCAAAACAAAGCCACUUCAUAGACUUGCCAAGAAUAUGAUGCCCAACCCAUCCAUCUCAUCUGGUGGCAUUCUCAUCUGUCGUCCGCUCCUCUCAUUCCCCAAGGCCAAAUUGAUAGCGACUUGCCAUGAAAACAAUGUCCCCUACGUCUCCGAUCCUACAAAUUUCGAUCCUACUCUCACUGCGCGCAACACUGUUCGCAGUCUGCUCGCCUCCGACUCCUUUCCCCGUGCUCUGCAACCUUCUUCAAUCCUAUCCUUGAUCCGAUCGAAACAGACUCUCUUACAGAGCUCAACCGAGCUCUCAAACCAACUCCUUGCAAGUCAAUGCCGGAUUUUGGACUUUAAUUUCCAGACAGGGGCAGCAGUAGUCUCGUUUGGAAGCGCACCCCGGGGCUUAGAAUCUCCCGAUGGCGGCAUCUCCGCUCUAACCAACCUACCUGCUUCCAAACUCCGGCAGAUCCAGGCUCUCACCCUCCGCCGUAUUACGGGGCUAAUUGCUCCUGUUCCAGAGAACCGCUACCCAUUGCCCAGCUUCGAGCCAUUUGUCUCACAAGUCUUUCCUCUUGCAGACGGUGGAAAUCAGACUUCCCGUUCAACCAACGAGAAGAACCAAGAGCGUCGUCCUUUCACACUGGGAGGCGUCAUAUUCCAGCCUCUUGAGCAGGAAGUAACCAGUAUGACUGAAGCUUCAUCCGCGCCUUCAGGCAUAGCGCCAGUCCAUGAUUUCAUGGGAGAAAGUGUUUGGUAUCUAUCCCGCCAGCCGAUCAGACGCAGUCAAUCGCGUGUCCCAAUUUCUCGACCGGAUACCCCCGCCCUGGAGUUAAAUCUUCACUUGUCAAAACAUCGCUCUGUCACGCCUUGGACAUUAUGGGAUGACAGAUUCUGGUUCCGUUUCUCCAUGACUCCUACCGAAGACCAUUCCACCCAUAAGCAAAACCCCGACGAAAAAAUCGCCUUUGUACUUCGAGCACUGCAGCCAGGUGAUCUUCAGAAGGUUCGAAACGUCGAACCCGAAAUUCUCAAGCCCGCAAAUCCGAAGAACUCCAAGCCUGCGAUGCGCCUGGCCGGUCUGCGAAAAGCCCUUGCGCAGGAAACUACUGGCUCUGCGCGCUUUACUAUUCCUCUGUUAAUUGUAACAAGAAGCCAUGCGUCGGGAUCCGAAUUACCAGAAGACGAAGUGGAGGAACAGCUCCUCGCCCUACCGACCAUAGGCUACCGUCUAAUUGGGGGUGGGACAAAGCUCGCGAGCAAGAUCAAUGUCUACUACGCGGGAAGAGAAUGGAGGAUCAGCUGGGAAUGGAUGUACAAAAUGAUUGACACCGAAACAUUGAGUCUUAUGGGUUUGCCGAUGGAAGAAAAUGCAUCGGCAACGGCUAUGGUACAGGAAAACAAAACUUAG